AUGAUCCAGGCGACCCCUUCCUUUUGGCAGAUGCUGCUGGAUGGCGGCUGGCAGGGUCAACCUCGGCUGGUCAAGAUUCUGACGGCCGGCGAGCCCAUCUCGCGUCGACUGCUCGACCGUUUGCUCGGCUACGCAGACAUGGUGUGGAACGGGUAUGGCCCAACCGAAGCGACCGUGUACGCGAGCGUGGGGAGGGUGAGCCGAGACGAACAAGAUAUAAUUAUCGGACAUCCUAUCACAAAUUUUCAGCUGUACGUCCUGAAUCCGGAGGACCUAACACCCAUGCCGGUCGGUGGGCUGGGUGAGGUAUACAUCGGCGGUUGCGGUGUGAACUGCGGGUACCGUAACAAUCCGGACAUGACCAAGGAGCGAUUCCUCGAAAACAAUCCAUUUCAUCAGGGCCGGUUGUACCGUACUGGCGACCUGGCCCGGUUCCUCGCCCCAGGCAAGCUCAAUCUCGUGGGCCGUGUCGACAGCCAGGUUAAAGUUCGGGGAUACCGCAUCGAGCUGGGAGACAUCUCAGCGGCCAUCACGGAGCAUGAGGAGGUCUCGGCGGCUGUGGUGGUCACCAGGGACGAUCAGCUUGUCGCCUACUUUAUGCGCAAGGAUACCAAUCGCCAGGGACCUCUAGACCAUGCCUUACGCGCGUGGCUAGCCCAGCGCCGGCCGGCUUACAUGAUGCCCGCCUGGUUCGUUGAAAUGAAUAGCUUUCCGAUGACAUUGAAUGGUAAGAUCGACCGAAAGGCGCUCCCAGAUCCUACUAAAGGAGCUCGAGCCAUCACCGCACAACCCCAAACAGAGCUGGAGCGUCGCGUGCUGGCUGUUUGGUCGCAAGUCUUGGGCCAUGCCGGCAUCGGGAUUAACGACAAUUUCUUUGAGGUGGGGGGGCAACUCCCUUCGUCUUCCACGUGUCAAGGCAGAGUUGGAGGAAGUCCUGGGCCGACCAGUGCAGAUAGCAAAACUCUUCGAGUACUACACCAUCAAGUCUCUAGCAGCGUACCUCGAGUGCAGCCAAAACGAGGAGCAUACCACCACAAACGGGAGGCCUCCAUCUGGUCCUACUUUCCCGCAACAGGCACAGCAACAAAACCCAAGCAACCCUCCCAGUUCUAG